UUUAAGUGCAUCUAAAAUUAAUAAAGGAGUUUGAAAAUGCUAAUACAUAUCGUCAUUGACAACCCCUUAAAAUACAGAGAUUUAAAAACCCUUGGUGGUGACUUUCAAGUCAACAAAAUUUCAGAGCCAAAGAACCAACCGACAAUUCUCUCCGGGUUUUACAGAAAGCGUGUGUCCUGUUUUUGAUUACGAACAUGUCUGGGGAAGAGGAAGAAAACGCUGCAGAGCUGAAAAUAGGAGACGAGUUUCUGAAGGCCAAGUGUUUAAUGAAUUGUGAAGUUUCCCUGAUUCUUGAACACAAAUAUGAGCAGCUUCGACAGACGUCUGAGGAUCCUAUGAAUCAAGUUUCUCAAGUCUUUGAGAAGUCGCUCCAGUAUGUGAAGCGUUUUAGCCGCUAUAAAAAUCCUGAUGCUGUUAGACAAGUGCGAGAAAUCUUGAGUAGGUAUCAAUUGGCCGAGUUUGAGCUUUGUGUUCUUGGCAAUCUUUGCCCUGAAACUGUGGAGGAAGCUAUUGCUAUGGUACCAUCUAUAAAGACCAAGGGACGAGCUCAUGAUGAUGAGGCAAUAGAGAAAAUGUUGAAUGACCUCUCAUUGAUCAAGAGAUUCGAAUAGCUGCCUCUGUGAAGAAAAGAAUUUGUGCCUUAAUAGUGUUUUGUUAUAAAUGAUAUUAAUCAAUUUACAUUAAUAAUGUAUUUUACUCGAACUCUUGCUUUGUUAUGAAUGUAGUAUGAUUUGAAAAAGGACUUUGAUGGUCAUUCUUUUUC